CUCAUUUCACUUUUGGUUAAAGAAAAAAUUGUAUACAUCCUUUCUUGUUUCUUAAAUUUUGAAGAAAAGGCAAGCGUUGCUGGGUAGAGGGCCAGCGACAGAGAAAUUUUUGGCUGUGACGUGUCCACGUGUGGUUUCAACUCAUUGUGUGGUUGAACGUCGCUUCUUGCCUUUUUCUCCUUUCCUUUGCUGAGCUCCACCAUCUAAUGUCCAAACCACCUGUUCAUUCCGUAUUAUUCGAUAGCACAGCACCUAACAGUAAUACCGGUUAUUACGAUCCCAAUGCCGGUGUUAAUCCCGGUGCAGGAGAUGGUUUGCAGUUUUAUGCGUCUUCCUACGGCAAUCAAUACGGGGCACCCUCUUACUAUGCAAACGCGCCAGCCGGCGACAUGCGUUCUGAUACCUAUGAUUAUACGAGAGGCAUGGGCUCAUUUUGGAGUGCAUUUGGUACAGGCGGAUUUGCAGAUGAGCCUCCAUUGUUGGAAGAGCUCGGUUUGAACUUUGAGCAUAUCAAAACCAAGAGUUUAACGGUGCUGAAUCCUUUUGGAAAUGUUCCUCACGACAUUAUGGAUGAUACGGAUUUGGCCGGACCUUUGUUAUUCAUUUUCUUGUUUGGUAUAUUCCUUAUGCUGUCCGGCAAAAACCAUUUCGGCUACAUUUACGGUGUCGGUGUACUGGGUGUGGUAUCUAUCUUCCUUGUCAUGAACUUAAUGAGUGAAAGCGGAGUGGAUUGGUCUCGUACAGCAAGCGUUCUUGGUUAUUGUCUGUUACCCAUGGUCAUGCUCAGCGGAUUUAGUGUGAUUCUGCCAUUGAAAGGAUACAUUGGUUUGGUAUUGACCGCUAUUUCUAUUCUGUGGUGCACUUAUGCCAGUUCCGGUAUGUUCACCACUGUUUUGCGCAUGAGUGAACAACGUUUCCUGGUGGCGUAUCCCGUUGGUCUAUUCUAUGCCUGCUUUGCGUUGAUGACUGUUUAUUAGAAUCUUUGUAUCCAUCCAAAGCUCUAUGUACAUAAAUUAUUAUCUUAUUUCCUC